AUGAAUAAUCGUUUAUCUCAAUUAAGUCUUGAUCGCAAUGGUGAUCGUGAACAUUUAUCUGAUAUUGAAAGUCAAACAGAUCCCGAUGGUGGUCAAAGUGAAGCUGAUAAAGAAGUAAUUCGUCAAAUAUUUGAUAUAUCUCAUGCAUUAGAAACAUUUGAUGAUUAUAAAGAAAUAAAAGAAUGGAUUAAUCAAGAUACAACAUUAUUUGUUUAUUCACAAAAAGAUAAAAUAUUAUCAAUAAUUGAAACAAAUUCUAUAACAAUUAUUCAAGGAAAUAUUGGAUCAAGAAAAUCUACACAAAUUCCACAAUAUAUAUAUUAG